UUUAUUUUUUUCAUUUUUUUCCAAGAAAAGACUAUUAUAGAAUGUCUGAUGAAAAGAGUAGAAGACCUGCUAACACUGCUUUUAAACAACAGAGACUUAAAGCUUGGCAACCUUUAUUAACUCCAAAAACAGUCUUACCUACAUUAUUUGUUGCUGGUAUCAUCUUUGCUCCAUUAGGCGGUCUCUUUUUGUAUGAAAGUGAUACUGUUAAUGAAAUCAUUAUUGAUUAUACCCACUGUAAAGAUGCCAAUUCAACAGCACAGUCUUUAGAUUCAAGUUUAUAUUCAUAUAAAUUUACUGAUGAAGGAACAGGACAGAUGUAUGCUCCAACCUAUCGAUUUAUUCCUAGCUCAGUUGAAGGAGAAUCUGGAACUUGUGCCAUUCGAUUCACUGUUCCUAUUCAAUUAAAGACACCCAUUUUUCUUUAUUAUCGUUUAACAAAUUUUUAUCAAAAUCACCGUAAAUAUGUAAAGAGUCUUAGUUAUAAUCAACUUCAUGGUGAUGUCAUUACUAUUGCUGAAGCACAAAGUUCAUGUUCACCAGUAGCUGUAGAUGCAAAUAAUAAGAUUUAUUAUCCUUGUGGCCUUAUUGCUAAUUCCAUGUUUAAUGAUACAUUUACAGUUUAUUUUGUGAAUCCACCUGGAAGUACAGAGAGUAGAAACAUGCAAUUUAGUGAGACAGAAAAGAUUAGCAGAUACAAAAUGAAUCCUGCAGAUAUCGUUCCUCCUCCUAAUUGGAUUAAAAGAUAUCCGAAUGGGUAUUCAGCUGACAAUAUCUUUCAUCCUCAAGACGAUGAACAUUUUCAAGUCUGGAUGAGAACGAGUUGGUAUCCCAAUUUCAGAAAACUUUAUUCUGCCCUAAGAGAAGGAACGCUUGAAGCAGGAACUUAUGAAGUAAAUGUGACAUUAAAUUAUGAUAUUACUGUUUAUGGCGGUACCAAGUCUAUUGUUCUUACUGGUACUUCAUUCCUCGGUGAUAGAAACCCUUUUAUGGGAUUAUCAUGGAUUGUUAUGGGAUGUGUAUGCACCUUUUUAGGUGUUGUAUUUUUAGGAUGGCAUUUCUUUAAACCAAGAAAACUUGGAGAUCAUGAUCGUCUCUCAUGGCAGCAUUCUAGUAGUGGAUUAUAAUACAUAUAUAUAUAUAUAGAUAUAUUGAUAUAUAGAUAUAUAUACAUAUACAUAUAUGAGAGGGGAAAAGGAAGGGUAUAUUCAUACUGGUUAUCUAACUAUAUAUAUAUAUAUAUAUAUACACGUAUAUAAAAGUCUAUCAGCUCUUAGUAAAUUCGGG